CACGCCACUAAUGGUGGCGGCUGCGAAUGGCAAAUUACACGCAGUGAAAUGGUUUCUUGAGAAGGGGGCAAAUGUAACCUGUGUUGAUAAAACGAGGUGGAAUAUGUUACAUUCUGCCGCACAGAGUGGAGACACUAAUGUCAUUGAUCUUAUCCUUACUAACUUGCCGGACCUUGAGUCAAAAACAGCCCAGGGUUACACGCCACUAAUGGUGGCGGCUUUCCAUGGCAAAUUAGACGCAGUGAAAUGGUUUCUUGAGAAGGGGGCAAAUGUAACCUGUGUUGAUAACAAUAGAUUGAAUGCGUUACAUUGUGCCGCACAGGGUGGAGACACUGAUGUCAUUGAUCUUAUCCUUACUCACUUGCCGGACAUUGAGUCAAAAACAGCCGAGGGUCACACGCCACUAAUGGUGGCGGCUGCGAAUGGCAAAUUACACGCAGUGAAAUGGUUUCUUGAGAAGGGGGCAAAUGUAACCUGUGUUGAUAAAACGAGGUGGAAUAUGUUACAUUCUGCCGCACAGAGUGGAGACACUAAUGUCAUUGAUCUUAUCCUUACUAACUUGCCGGACCUUGAGUCAAAAACAGCCCAGGGUUACACGCCACUAAUGGUGGCGGCUUUCCAUGGCAAAUUAGACGCAGUGAAAUGGUUUCUUGAGAAGGGGGCAAAUGUAACCUGUGUUGAUAACAAUAGAUUGAAUGCGUUACAUUGUGCCGCACAGGGUGGAGACACUGAUGUCAUUGAUCUUAUCCUUACUCACUUGCCGGACAUUGAGUCAAAAACAGCCGAGGGUCACACGCCACUAAUGGUGGCGGCUGCGAAUGGCAAAUUACACGCAGUGAAAUGGUUUCUUGGGAAGGGGGCAAAUGUAACCUGUGUUGAUAACAGUAGGUGGAAUAUGUUACAUUCUGCCGCACAUGGUGGAGACACUGAUGUCAUUGAUCUUAUCCUUACUCAUUUGCCGGACAUUGAGUCAAAAACAGCCGAGGGUUUCACGCCACUAAUGGUGGCGGCUUUGCAAGGCAAAUUACACGCGGUGAAAUGGUUUCUUGAAAAGGGGGCAAUUGUAACCUGUGUUGAUAACAAUAGAUGGAAUAUGUUACAUUUUGCCGCACGGGGUGGAGACACUGACGUCAUUGAUCUUAUCCUUACUCACUUGCCGGACAUUGAGUCAAAAACCGCCCACGGUUCUACUCCUCUAAUUAUUGCUGUUUGUUUUGGCAAGCGGCAAGAUGUAAAGUAUCUCCUUGAGAGGGGAGCUAAUCCUUUCACUAAGGAUAAUGACGGCCGGGAUUCUUUAUAUUAUGCCUCAUCACGUGACCCAGAUGUUCUUGAGUUCCUGCUGAGUUACGUAGCUAGCAGUGAGUCAGCAAGCGGCAAUGAUUAACUCAGGCCUUAGUUUCUGAGGUGUUGUCAAUAACCGAUGUCCUAAUAUGGCUUGUACGAUGGAGGAGAAGCUGUCAGCUGGUUGGAGAUUGUUAAAAAUGAACCUAUAUUGACAACAGCCAGAAGAGUAUGUCUGUGUAACGUGGCCAACGAUUUAAUUUUUUGUAUUUAGACUUCUUAAAGUUAACAUGGUUUUGUACACAUUUCAUAAGUAAAUGAGUUAUUUUUUAAUAUAUAACAUUUUUUUUUACUUUCGACUACAUUCAUGUAAAUAAAAGCUGUAUACGACACCUGUUAAUAGAAUACGUGAAGAAAUUUCUCCAUUCUAAUUGGUUGAAAUACAGUUUUCAGGAAACACCAAUGCAGGGCAGGAAUUAAUUAACUCAGUGAAAAAGCAGUAAAAAUUUGUUGAUAACUUAAAAAACAAAAAAAAAAGGAAUGCUGAAAAAUUUAUACUUUGAUUAAACACGUUGUUUUGACCAAAACGGCGUGAUGAUGUUUUGUUGUGAAUGAAUUUAUUUUCACGUGGGUCACCCCUCUUUACUUCUACAUUACUAUGAAAAGCUGCCAAGUAUAAAAGGUUUGAUCAGGUUUAAAGGAAGUAAAAGUGAAUUGAUUUUUCUCGUGCAAUUUGGAAUAAGUAGGCACUUUUAAUUUUUCUUCAAAGACCUCAAAACUGCAUUCUUCCUAUAGGCUCACGCAAUUAUGUUGGUUGUAAGAAAAUAAACGAGGUAGUUUAUACCAAAUUUCACUCUGAAUCGUGAGAUAACCUCCACAAAUAAGAAAAUGAUUAUAUCACUGAGUGAGUCAAUUUGUAAGGAAUUUUUAGGAGGCCUUUGUAAGUAAGGUUUCAGCAUUAGUUAAUUAAUAAAAUCUUAUACUUCAGCA